AUGGAAACUGUGGACCAGCUCUCGUCCCCACUCGCCGACCUCGCCCUGUCGUCGCGCGUCAGCAAGAAGGUCCUGUUCCCGCUCCUCCACCUCCCCGACGAGCUCAUCGAGGUCGUCCUCGAGCACGCCUACGGCUCGCAGCUCCCGCACGACCACCCGCACCACCCGCGCAAGACCGGCCUCGUCCUCGCGCACAAGCCCAUCUGCCGCCGGCUGUGGCCAAUGCAGCAGCGCAUCCUGUACGGUCGCAUCGAGAUCCAGUCGUACGACGAGCUCGUCAGCUUUGAGCGUGCCCUCGUCGGCAACCGCCGUCGGGACCCGUCCGAGCCGCUCGGCAACCUCGUGCGCGCUCUCGGGCUCCGCACCUGGCACUUCCCGGACUGGCUUGGUCAAGGCGGCGCAGGCGACCACGCCGGGCCCGGCGUGCCCGAGCUCGCCGCCAGCCUCCUCUCGGCGCUCUUCACCGAGCUCAACCGCCUCCAGUCGCUCGAGGUCGACCUCCAGUCCUUGUUCGACAGCGAGCGCAGCAGCCCUGUCGAGCAAGCACUUCUCGCCGUCGUCGUACACGACCCGAGUACGCCCGUCCAGCUCUGCGGCCUCAAGUCGCUCCGCAUCUCGACUUUCGGCAACACGCUCGACACGGACCUCAACGGCAAGACGGACGACUUGACGGCCUGGCUGAACCAGUUCAGCCGGUUCCCCGACCUCGCCCACCUGGACAUCAACCUCGACACCGAGGCGCCCCCGUCGUUCAUCAGCGGCGCGUCGCCCGUCCGACCGAUCCUCGCCCAGCUCUCGAGCCUCGACAUCAACUCCGACUUUGCCCUGUGGAACACGCCAUUGCGCGACGUCGCGCCCAACCUCGCCAAGAUCAAGAUCACCUCGACGAGCUUAGCGCUCCGCCCUGUCGUCCGCGGCCUCCCCCCAUCCCUCCUGCACCUCGACAUCUCGUCAGAGCACCGGGUGUGCGAGACCAUCGACGACCUCCUCCCGCCACUCUUUCUCCUCCAGUCUCUCUCUCUCAACACGGCGUGCUUCACGCCGAUCCGACUGCCGGCGAGCCUCGGCCACCUGCGGCACCUCGAAUCCCUCGACUUUGGGCAUUCGUUGCUGCCCACCGAUGGCCUCCUCUCACGCCUCGUACAAGGCCCUACCCGCCUCAAGCACCUUCAUCACCUCGGCGUCGACUUUGUCGCCAACUUUUACCAUCGAGGCCCGACCCUCCUCCGCAACAAGCUCGUCCUGCCCGGCGAGAGCGAGCGCGACGAGUCGGGCGUGAGGCGCGGGUGGUGCGCGCCGCUCUGGCCUGCGGGCCUGUCCGAGCGCGGGCUCAUGGACGUCGUCGACGCGGCGCGCAAGUACGGCGUCCGGACCGACGGCUGGGCUGUCGAGGCGCUCGGCUGGCGCGCCGAGUACGAGCGCGAGCGGGACCUCGUCGCAGUGUGCCGCGGCCUGUCGACGGGCGACUGGAGCGACGCGAGGCGGUUCUGCGGCGACGAGUGCGUCGAGGCUUUCCUGUCGAGGCAGCGACGAGAGGGGCGCCGCAGUAGCGUCGGGCGCGAGCUCGACCUCGUCAGCGGGUUCGAGCGGCGGGCAGCGGAGCGGCGCAAAAGCCUCUAG